AUGAAUCUUUCGCAACCAAUUAUUACCGUGUCAGGUGCUUCAUCUGGUGCGUCAAUGGCCACUCAAAUGCACUUUGCAUUCUCAAAUGAAAUCAGUGGCUGUGGUGUUCUAGCUGGACCACCUUAUUAUUGUGCUGGAAAUAUCCUGACAGCUGCUGCAUGCCUGACGGGUCCAGUUACGUCUGUUUCAGUACCAAUGCUCGAACGCCAACUGAAAUCCUAUGAAAGAGCUGGCAGUAUCGAUAGCCUAGCUAAUAUAAAAGAUGACCCAGUUUACAUCUUUUCGGGCAAAUAUGAUCCGAUAGCUCUUCCUGGUUUGGUCAAAUUGAAUGAAAAACUCUAUUUACCAUUAGGUGCAAACCUCAAGACCAACUAUGAUAUGCCUGCUACACAUGGCUUUCCUACCGAAACCUUUGGUGGUAAAUGUGCUAUUCCAAAUCUGGAUAAUUAUAUUAACAAUUGUAAUUUCAGUUUGGCCUAUGAUUUGUUGAAUCAUCUUCACGGCAAUCAUUUGAUCAAACCAGUACCAGGUUUCAAAACUCCACUCAUCGGUCAAAUGCUAUUGUUUGAUCAAGAAGCAUUCAUGUAUCCUCCGCCAUUAUUGACUGUUGGUAACAAUCCUUCAUCUCGAUGGAUCUCAGACAGUAUUUCAUUGUACAAUCCCAUUGAUUGGAGUUGGCCAACCUCAGGUCUUUUUAAUUGGACACUAUCCAGUGUUACAGCACCUGUACGAAGCAAAGCAGCUAAAGCACGUGCAUCUUCGCUCAGUUUUGACAAUGAAGGUUUUGUCUAUUUUCCAUCAGCAUGUACCAAAGGACAGGAGUGUUCUAUCCAUGUAGCAUUACAUGGAUGCAAACAAGGCAAAGCCUAUGUCGACGAUGUAUUUGUCCGCAAGGCCGGUUAUUUGGAAGUAGCCGAACUCAACAAUUUGAUUGUGAUCUUUCCACAAGUUCGUUCCUCAUUGCUUUUUCCACUGAAUCCAAUGGGUUGUUGGGAUUGGUGGGGAUAUACGAAAAACAAUUUUGCUACCAAAAAUGGCCCACAAAUGGCUGCUGUGAAAACAAUGAUCGACACUGUGCGCAUGAUUAAUCAAGCUAUUGUUGCAGCCGUCUCAAAAUAA